AUGAACAGUCUUUUUACGAUCAACGCCCCAAUUUUCGGUGUGGAGGAGGAUCUCAGCGAUUUCCUCAGCGAAUUUUUCAAAGGUGGAAGCCCUUGUUUCGCAAACUUUGUAGCUCUGUGGCAAAAGCGACAGUUUAUUCAUUUAAUAUACGGAAGACAAACACAGUUUGGUCUUGCGGAUGUUCUCGGUUGCGUAUUCUUUCACCUAGUUAGACACAUUGCCGCGAAAAACACGACACGGUUGUCUAAAAUCUGUGCGCUCUAUUUGCUAUAUGCCUUCUUUGAAAAGCAGCCCAUUAAGAAACAGGCACGCAUCUCAGUAACGCCCGAAGGUUGGUCAGCUGUCGUCCAUUUGGCCUCAGGUUUGCUGCGAGAUCGUCAAUGGGAUGCCUACUACAUAUUCAGGAAGUUGUGUGCCUUGAGUGCCUUUAAAUUCUGUGCGCAGUCCGAGGAACUUUAUCCUGGAGCCCCUUUAUACACCCGUUCCGACACGGUGCUGCCUAUAUUUCGUUCAUUUCUGACCAGUGCUGACCGGCGCCGUUUGGCGAAAAAUCGCGAGAAGCCCACCCCCACAGUCACAAACCUGGCUCCCAACCACCUGCAUGAAAUGCCCGAGAAAGUGAAGCAUAAUUUGGCCGCGCUGGACCUCACCGUCAAUGAGUAUGUUGAGGCAAAGAAAAAGGUUUACAAAACGCUCUGCCCCGAGACAGCAGAACAAGAGCCGUCGACGAGCACUGAAAUUCCAUCAUCAUCAGAUUUUUCCGACGAAGGUCUCCUUUUUGGACUAAAUUUAGUCAGUUACCCAGACUCUGUAAAGAAGCUCAACCGCAUGACGGAAAACUUUGCAUUACGGACACAGAGCGAUGACGCGACUAAAUCAAGUAACGCAGAGGACAGUGGACGCAACCGUGGCCCGUCUGAUCACCAGGCGCGAGGGCAAACGGAAGUGGACAUGAAAGAGGAGGAAGAGGAAGACAUUGGCAAGCGGCGAAAGAGACUACGUGAAGCCAAACCUCAGAAAUCCGGGCGAAGUUUUCCCUCCGGAAGAGCCAUGCAAUCGAAAAAUUCCGCCAAGCAAAAGAUUGAGGAUUGUCGUCCUGUGAAUCCUACUUCGGAUGCCGAAAACACAAACUUGAACGGCUCCACAACUUUGUGUGGACUAUUGAAUUACUACAGAAACAAGAUGGAGGCCAUGACCAUGGACAACGAGGCGUUUCAGCGUCGUCUUGAGCAGAUUGCCGAUGCGGUUAGUGAUCAGCAUGCCUUACGAGGAAAACUACGGGAAAGCGAAAAAUCAGUUGAAGAGCUGAAACAAAGUCUCUCAGAAAUGCAGUGUUACGCCAAUUUAAACCACUACGUGGAUGGCAAUUCCCUUGUUGGAGAGGGAUGUACCACGUUGAAUGACCCUGGUAUUCUGCAUUCUUUUAUUCAGGUGUAUCUAUAUCAAGAAAGGGACCAUUUACUCCGCCUGUAUGCAGAAAACGAUCGAAUUAAAUUGCGCGAACUAGAUGACAGACGGAAGAUUCAGCACCUUCUCCAGCUCUCGGGUCUUGGACCCGCCGAA